AGUACACAGAACACCUUCUGCUAAAGAAAUGUGAAGAGAGAAGCAGACGUGUGCUACUUGGAAACCAUUCUCCUGUUCAACACCCAGGAGAUUCUGGUGACCCCUUUCAGCCUUGCUUCUACCUUCAUCAUGAAAAGGAGGAAACUCAAACUGAAGUGAGUUGCAAACUUCAUUUCCAACACAGGAUUGUGACUCGGCCCUGAGUUUAGCUUCUAAGGACGGAUGUGCUGGCGCCAUUUCUCAGUAGUAACUUCUAAGGACGGAUGUGCUGGCGCCAUUUCUCAGUAGUUAACUUCUAAGGACGGAUGUGCUGGCGCCAUUUCUCAGUAGUUAACUUCGACAGGCUAUUUCAGUCUUCCCAUGUCUUCGCUCUCGUGCUCAUCUUGACUGAUUUUAUCCUCCCUGUGAACAUAUUUUAAGGAACUACAAAGGGAGCCACAGAGUUGCUAACAGUAGAAAGCCUGGCAGGGAAAACCGUGCUAAGAAAGGGAAUUGCACAGCUUGCCCAAGGCCAUGCGCUUGUGAGAGGCACAACCCUGACAUGCUUAGGAAUUACCGUUCUUCUUGGACUCUGGAGGAACACAAGGACCGACUGUAGCUGUGACUUACACUGCCUUAAUGAUCAGUAAAGCAUGAUGGAGAAGAACAAGCAGUCAGAGGAUGACAAAGAUCCUGUCUGGAUCCCAGAGGCUUUCCGUCUAGGGCGUCUUAAGAAUGUGCUGGACGGAGGAGAGUAUGCCCCUUUUAUAACCCCUCCCAUACUGGAGAGCAAUUUUAUUCAGGUCAAUAGGAGAGGUGAAUCGAUUUAUCUGCAUAACCGAGCAAACUGGGUGACCAUCGGCAUCUGUUCUUCCAAUCCCGUCCUCAAGACCCCCAAUGUGAUGCUGUUGGCACAUCUGACCCCAGAGGCUAGAAAAGAAUCAGAACCGCUCUUUAAACGCCUCCUGUCAUCUUCCUCCACAGACAAGCUGGUGCUCACCAGGUUUCUCCCUCUGCAGUUUGUGACUCUUUCUGUGCACAGUGCUAAGAACAUGCGUCUCAAAGUUAAGCUGAUAAGUGGCCGAGCCUACUAUUUACAGCUCUGUGCUCCUGUAUAUAAACAGGAUAUCGUAUUUUCCCAGUGGGUGGACCUCAUCACCCUCUUGAACCAGGAGAAAGCCAGAACUUCCAAAGUAUCCGAGGUCUCCAGCCUCUCAGAAAUCACAAACAGCACAGACAUCACAGGCUCGAUGGACAUCAUGGACAUUACGGCUUUUGCAGAGCUGCAGGCUGUGCACUCCCACACUCGCAUCUACUCCGACACCGUCACUCAAAGUGCAGACUUCUCAGAAUUUACAGAUGUUACCGAUAUCACUGAUGUCACUGAUGUCACCGAUAUCCCAGAAACUGGGGCCACAGACGUUCCAGAUAUAAAAAUCGUCACAGAGGUCACGGAAGUCAUAGAAGACAAAGAGGCCCCGAAUGUCCCAGGGGUCACAGUAGUAUUUGAAAACGACGACAUAAUAAAGGCCAAGGAAGAGGAAAAGGAAAAUGUCCUGAGGCAUGGGUGUCUACUAGACAUAAAAAGUAAGAACGAGUUCAAAGAUGCCUCCAAACAUGUCACCAUCUCAGACCUAACACUCACUUUCCAAGGCGAAAGAUGUUUCCAGACUACUUUGACUUCUAUAAAAAGCGAGGAAAAUAUAUCCAUAGAAACGGGUGAUAAAGCCUUGGAAGAAAAGUUGACUGAUCUUCCAAAUGCGCGUCUCAAGGCUACAGAAUCCAGGAGAACAAGAACUGACUCAGACACUACAGCCCUGUACAGUUUUUCAGUUUUCCCCCUGAUUAGCAUUUCCUUUCCCCUUUUCACCCUCCUCUAACCCAUGGCUCCCCUUCCACACUCUUACCAUUCACUGAUACUUUUUACCAAGAAAGCAAAGCCUACCCUCUAAACCAUCCUAAACCCCCAUUCUAUUAAAUUCAGGCUGGACAAAGA